CUGACUUUUUCUUUUGACAACUCACACAAACAACAACAUCAUCAACUCAUCCAACAUGGUCGAUCUUGGCGCUCCUAUCGGAUCUCACCACUCCUCUAACAUUCCCGCCUCAGAGCAAACGGGCUUCAACUCUGGUGUCGGCGGUGAACACGCUUCUUCUGGCAUCCCCAAAGGAACUCCCAUCGCUGACCAGUUCAUGGGCGGUCACCCUUCAGGUGCUACGGGUACCACCGCCGGUGUCGGAAGCAAGCUUGACAACUCUCUCGACCAUUAUUCUGGUUCUGGAGCAACUGGUGCUACUAGUACUGGCCAUCACAGCUCUGGUCUUGGUUCAGGUGCCGGUGUCGGUGCUGGCGCUAGCACUCUCGGAUCUUCUGGAAAAGAAGCUGUCAGCGGACAAUACGCUGGCAGUGGAACUAAGGAUGCCUUGACCGGUCAGACUGGCCACACCACUGGUGCUGGCGUUGGUCCUUAUGGUGACAAUCUCUCUUCUUCAACAGGUGCCCAACAUUCUUCUACAACCGGCUCUGCUGCUAGGGCAGGGCAAAGCGCUGUUGGUGGUGCCUACGUUGGAGGUGCUGCUCAGGAUGGCUUGACUGGCAAGAGUAAAGCUUCCACUGUCGGCGAAGGUGUCGGUCCUUACGGUGAAAACCUUCCUCAUGGAACUUCGAGUACUACCACAACUGGCCACCAUGGGGCUCGAGAUGCUGCGCUAGCUUCUACAGCUGGCGGAGCUUUCGCUGGCGAUAAGUACGCUCAUUCCAAGGACAAGAGCCUCGGUACCGACCCUACUUCUACUGGCGUUUCUGGUACCACCAGCGGAACCGGUGUCGGACCUUCUGGCGGAGCCGGUGGUCAUUAUGGCAAGGGUGCCGCUGCUGCCGGGGGUGCAGGUGUAGGUGCCAUCGGCGGCGCUGGCGUUGCUGCCGGUCUUGCUGGUAGGGAUGGCACUUCUCACAGUGCUGGUACCACCACCACUGCCGGACAACAUGGUUCUGCGCUUGGAGCUGGUGAAGGAGGAAUCAGCGGCACCCCCAUCGGACCUGGUGCUGGUGAUGGUCUUACCGGUGCUGGUAUUUCCACAGGCGUUGCUGGUGUCGGAUCUGGUUACGGUUCUGGUGCCGGUUCUGGUGCCGGUGCCGGUACUGGUGGUGCCGGUGCUGGCUCAGAGCUUGGGGCUGGAGGUGCUGGUGCUGGAAAACACGGUCGAGCUCAGCCUGACGAAGACCGAGGUGCUCCGCUUUCUGACCCCAGUGACAUCGACACUGGCGGCCCCCACUCUCUUGUUUACCAAGAAUCUACCGGCAAAUACGUUCACCGACGUGAACUUGAGGGUGAUGUCGGUAAGGCAGAGUCCAAUGUGAAGAAUACCGCUGAGAGGAGGAUUUAAGGGGAAGAAGGAUAAUAGCAAGCCAACGGAAGAAGAAUAGCUUGCAGAAGUAGUCAUUCAAUAAUUCGAGCUCUGUAGCCUUCUGGAACAUGUAUUGAUCAAACGCAUCAAUUGUUUUAUCU